UUACCGCAUGCACAUCGUAUAAAUCCUGAAUUUCUGUGUCAAUAUAAAAAAAAAUUGUAAAAAUAAAUUCAAUCGACUCACUCAUAUCAAUAAAAAAAUCGAUUUCUAACAUGUCGGUAUUCGGCACAUUAUCUCGAUAACUACCGAGUUCACAAAAAAAAGUUACAUAAACUUUUUAUAGAGAAUAUCAUAACGUAUAAAAAAGUCUAAUCACUUUUUUCUGUAAAUUCGCCAGUUCCGGAAAUAUCGCCCGAUAACUGAAACGUCAAAUACGCAAUCGAAUAAUUACGAAAUGGAGACAGGAGAUUACACCAUCAGGACGACCUCUCCCUCGGACCUGCCCCAGGUCCUGGACCUGAUGAGAGAGAAUUUCUACUUCGAGGAGAACAUGUGCAAAUUACUGUGCGAGAGAUCGAAAAUAACUGACGACGAGAGGGGAAUCAUAACUGAAAUAUCCGACGGAUCCGUCAGGGCGAUACUCCAGGGCUCGACGUGUUUCGUCGCGGUUCAUUCCUCGGGGAUCGUCGGGGCGAAUUUGACUCUUUUGAGCGAAAAUCCCGGGUGCGGGGAGGGAAAAGACGCCCUGGCCGGGAUUUUUCCCUCGAAUCCCCAUUCCCCGGUCAUCGAAGAGUACCACAAGUAUCUCAUGGACAUCAACGACAGGGCGAACCUCUUCAACCGGUACCAGGUCAAAAACCUGAUGGAAUUCUACGCAGUUGCUGUUGAUAAAAACCACAGGAGAAAGGGCAUCGCCCAGGAACUCAUCUCCAGGGGCAUUUCCUGGGCUCGGGAUCAGGCGAUUCCUCUCGUUUUCGGAGUCUUCACGUCCCCUUUUUCAAUGAAAAGCGCUCAGCGCGCUGGGAUGACCAGCAUCCUGGACAUCGAUCUACUGGAGUACAAGGAUCACCUGGGGGAACCGAUUUUCCAAGGAAUUCCUGCGAAUAUCGUCAAUGUCAUGGUGCGGGAAACAAAAAAUCUGUGACGGAGUUCUGGAAUUUUUCAUGGAAUUUAGGAAACAAAUGUUGAACUCAAAUUUUGAAAUAAAAUUACGGAAAGAAUCGAAUUGUACCGAAAAUUUUUUAAUUAGUACAUAAAGUUUAAAUAAAUUGUGAACGAUUUUCCAGAGACCUGAUGGAAUUCUGGAAAUCUCUCUGGAAUUUAUGAAAAAAAAAACUAUUGAUAAAAUUAAAGUGAAAUUGAAUUAGAGAAAAAUUUGAAUUAUGGUGGGAAUUUUUGAAUUAAUAAAUUAAUUUUAAAUAAAUUGUGAACGAUUUUCCAGAGCCCUGAUGGAAUUCUGGAAAUCUCUCUGGAAUUUAUAUAAAAUAACUGCUGAUAAUAUUAAAUUAAAAUUGAACUCAAAACAG